AUGAGGGUAAAGGUCAAAAGGUGGGUAAAUGAUGCAGUAGAGGAAGUAUUAGAUUGGCUAUUGUCAACCAUUGCGAUAUAUAUGUAUAUUACAGCCAUUAUUUGUGGGACAUUCUUAUAUUUUACUUACCCUUCUCGAACUGAUAUACGAUUUUACUCCGAGCAGGAUUUGGGUACCGAAAGAGAUGCACCAUUCUACUAUGGUUGUGUGAACACAGAGGGAUAUUUACAAGCACCAGAAUAUAAGAAGAUGAAUGCAGCCUUUGUCAUGCUUACGCGGAAUAACGAAUUGAAGGAUGUAUUGUCUUCAAUGAAUAGCAUUGAAGCGCAUUUCAAUCAAUGGUUUAAAUACCCAUACGUGUUCCUGAAUGACGAACCGUUCAGCGAAGAAUUUAAGAAAUCAAUACGUGAAGCUACAGAUGCUGAUAUCGAAUUUGGUACACUAGAUGAAAGUCAAUGGGAGUUUCCAGAAGAAGUAAGAAACACAUUCGAAUAUCAGAAUGCCAUAACCGAUCAGGGAGACAGAGGUAUCUUGUAUGGUAAUAUGGAAUCAUACCAUAAGAUGUGUCGGUUCUAUUCGGGCAUAUUUUACAAACAUCCAUUGAUGCAGAAAUAUGAAUGGUAUUGGAGGUUAGAACCUGAUGUGGAGUUUUUCUGUGAUUUGACAUAUGAUCCAUUUUUUGAAAUGCAUAGAAGAAAUAAAAAGUAUGCAUUCACCAUGAUUAUACCUGAAAUUUACUGGACUGUGCCGAACUUGUUUAGGUACACAAAGGCAUUUAUUAGAGAGUAUGGCGUAAAAGUGGGGACACUUUGGAAGCUUUUCGCAACAAAUUAUGAUAUUCUGAAGACCGAUAAAGGAAGAGAUGAAUUUACUGACUAUGAAAAUAUGGUUAGAGAUGAUCUUCAUCAGUGGGUAAAAUUUGGUGGUGAUGUGGAACCCAAGUUAUCAGAGAAGGUAGCUAUCGACCAUUUACUUGAAUCGGAAACUGCAGACGAUGACGUAGGGUUGAUGUUCUUGGUGAACAGGGCUAGGUCAAAGGUACCACUAAUCGAAGAUGAAUUUGAGGGAGAAGAAUAUAAUUUAUGUCAUUUCUGGUCAAACUUCGAGAUAGCAAGAUUGGAUGUUUUUGAUAACGAAGUCUACAACAGUUAUUUCCAAUAUUUAGAAGCUAGUGGUGGUUUUUGGAAAGAACGUUGGGGGGAUGCACCAGUACAUUCUAUUGGAUUAGCAUUGACUCUAGACGUAGACGAUAUACAUUAUUUUAGAGAUAUUGGGUAUAUGCAUUCCAUUUUGAAACAUUGUCCAAAGAACUCACCUGAUUUAAACGAAUUCCAAUACAAGCCCGCUAAUAAGAAAUACAAGAGGAGCUCCUGGACUAGAUAUGAUACUCCAAUUGAAGGGGGUAGCGGUUGUCGUUGUAGAUGUCCUAGUAAACCGGCUGAGGUAGAAGAUACUAUCACAUUUUGUUUUGAAAAAUGGAUGGAUGUGACACAUUUGAAGAAGGGAGAGGUAGAGCUAUACCAACUAUUCAACAUUGAAGAGAAAGAGGAAAUGGUGAGAAAUGAUUUUGAAAGGCACCAUCAACAGCAGAAUCAGUAA